CCUCUCAAAUUAGCUUUCUAGCAGGGCUGUUCGUGUCUGUGGCUGGAGGGGCUGCUUCCUGGGUUUUGUUUUUUAGUGGAUUUUUUAUUUGUAUUUUUUAAUAAGUAAUAUUUUAGUAUCAGAGGUAUGAAGGUAGUGCUGUACUGUUGCCUGGUGGCUCAGUAGUGCCCCUCAUCUGUAGGUGUGCAGUGACAGCUCUGCACAUUCAUUUUUAGCCUUUUAUUUAUAGUCCUUUUCUUAUUUCUCUGGAGACUUGUGGCCUUGUGUCUAUGUGGAGGGGAUCUCGCGUGGAAGUGGUGCAGCGCCCCUGUAAACAGGGAGGCCAAGAGAAGAACAAGAAGGUUGAUGUCCAUUCUCUUCUUAGUAUUGGUCUUCUUGUUUGUUGAUUUAAGUAUGGCGCAGCUCCAACAAGGAGGAGGUCCGGAUGAAAAAGAAAAGACAACCGCAUUAAAAGAUCUUCUUUCUAGAAUAGACCUGGAUGAACUGAUGAAAAAAGAUGAGCCACCUCUUGAAUUCCCAGAUAACUUGGAGGGGUUUGAAUAUGCCUUCAAUGAAAAUGGUCAGCUGAGACAUAUUAAGACCGGAGAACCAUUUGUCUUUAACUAUCGAGAAGACUUGCAUAGAUGGAACCAGAAACGUUAUGAGGCCCUUGGAGAGAUUAUAACGAAGCACGUUUACGAAUUAUUGGAAAAAGACUGUGAUCUACAGAAGGUGUAUCUACCGAUAGAUGCUACCGAAAAUGAACCCAAGAGUUUUAUUUUUAUGAGCAAGGAUGCAAUGACAAAUCCAGACAAAAUGCUGGUCUUAAUCCAUGGCAGCGGAGUGGUCAGGGCAGGACAGUGGGCAAGAAGACUUAUAAUAAAUGAGGAUCUGAACAGCGGAACACAAAUACCUUACAUCAAGAGAGCUAUGGAAGAGGGCUUUGCAGUAAUUGUGCUGAAUCCAAACGAAAACUACAUUGAAGUGGAGAAAAGCAAACCUCUGGCACAGCAGCAGUCACCAGACGGCUCUGAUGAGCCUGCAGAGAAGAGGGAGCGCAAAGAAAGGAUCCUAAAAGAUAACAAGAAGCGGAGAGACUUUUAUGAGAAGUACAGGAACCCCCAAAAAGAGAAGGAGACUAUGCAAUUGUACAUAAGGGAGAAUGGCAGCCCUGAGGAACAUGCUCUAUAUGUGUGGGACAACUUCAUUUCAAAAGCAUCGGCGGAGAAUGUGUUUUUUGUUGCACACAGCUAUGGGGGACUCGCUUUUGUGGAGCUGAUGAUUCAGCGUGAAGCUGAUGUGAAAAGUAAGGUCACCGCUGUAGCACUGACAGAUUCCGUUCACAAUAUGUGGCAUCAGGAAGCCAAUAAAACGAUUCGAGAGUGGAUGCGCGAGAAUUGCUGUAAUUGGGUAUCCAGCAGUGAACCAUUAGACACUUCAGUGGAGUCGAUGCUGCCAGACUGCCCCCGCGUUUCUGCAGGCACGGAGCGGCAUGAGCUGACCUCGUGGAAGAGCUUCUCCUCCAUCUUCAAGUUCUUCUCCGACGCCCUGGAAGCCAAGAAAACAAAAACCCCGACAGUACCUACCAGGCGCUCCCACAGAAUAAAGAGUGAAGAAUUGUAAAACAAAAGAAAAUGGCAGUGGUGAGGGGCGAUGGCACAGAUCCGCCCGUCCCCCAUCCCCCCCCCCCCCCCCCCUACAACUGGUCUCUCCGCGCUCCCAGACCCUCAUUAGAUUGUUUUCUUCCUAGAGCACAGGGUCAUGAUGUAUACAUUUAAAUAGCGUUUUGCAUUAUUUCUAGAUGAGUGCAACUGUCAAAGCAAUAUGGGUUCACUGGUUGUGCUUCCUGUGGUCUGCUGCGUGCAUUCUGUGCUGCCCAUCAGAGCGCAGAUUAAGGCUGACAGCAGCGCUGCACAGUACAGCAUGGUGCAAGUCUAAUUGCCCUGACAUAGCCCGACACUGUGAGCGGAUGCCAUAGCUUGUCUGCCACUCCACUGCCCUGGGCCCACUCACUUACCUCUGCUUCACUCCUUUAAUGCCUUCCCCACCGCGCAGGGAAAUCAUUUUAUCCUACAUGUGCCCCCCGUAUUUUAUGUCAGACAAGACGGUGUCACAGGGUUUGUUUUUAACUCCUCCUGUGCUGCACAGAAACUGCAGAGCCCCAUACAAUAGAUCGUGUCGUUCAGAAGUAUACAAGUUUCCAUGGCAACAGGUAUAAUUCCCAUCGUGAUGACGUGCAAAACUCUUGAACUUUUUCUUGGUAAAUCCACUUGUGGGCUCCAACAGUCACAUGGCAUGGGGUUCCUGUAGUGUCUGCGCCUUCUGUAGUUCUGCCCCUGGUCGUACUUAACCCUUACUAUACCUUGAGUGCCCUAAUACAAGGACACAGUCCUGCCUCCAUCUACAGUGGGGGUAUAGUGAUUGCUGUAUAGAAGGCCACAUGUCCAGAUACUGUGGACUGCAGCCUGGCUCAUAGUCCUAAUCCCAGGUUGAGUUUUUGACUUACUUUACACAGGUAACCAUUUUAUUUUAUUUUUUUACCUGUAAAAAAAAUUAUAUUUUCAGGUUUAAUAAUGAUGGAUAAUUUUAUAACCGUAGAUAGAAUCAAUAGAGAGGACAGAUAGGGCGUCCCGCUGAUGCUGCAUCCAUCCAGAAACCCGUCAUGGCGUAUGUCAAGCUCACAAUAGCAGCAGAGGUGAAAUGGCUUGUCUGUGACGUAACCAAGGGGUCGUUCUAGACGACGCACGCAGUCAAUAUUACCUGCUAAAACUGUGACUCUUGUAGAAAUAGAUGUAGAUGUUACGGUGUGUUGUACCAGAUAGAACGUAGGUUUAUGUUCCUGAUCUCAAACACUGUGAACCGCACAGGGGGCAACAAAAUAGCGAGAACUUGUCUUCUUUUCCUGUGAUUCAUUAGAACUACAGAUGAGCAACUUGAUCCUAAUGAAUCGAUUUGUCUUAUCAGCAGGACUUCUUCACCUGUGGGCGGCUGUCCCCGCAGGUGAAGAUGCACCCACCUGCCACCAGAUUGGCAGGGCCGGACAUGUAACACGGCCAUGACAAUUUCCUGCCUGCGCCGCAGCCGACCAAUGGCACAGAGUCCGACUCUGCUUUAGCUGUGGGGCAGCGCCUGCGCAGGUGCGGCUGGUAGCAGUGCUUGCGCAGUCCCAACUCCAAAGCAGAGCUUCUACACUUGCUCAGCUAAUCGGGACAGCGGCACAGGCGGGAAAUUGUCAGGGCCGUGCUAAAUGUCCGCAGGUGAAGAAGCCCUGCUCAUGAGACUACUUAAUUUGCAGCGCUCUUAAGACAUCUGUUUUUAAUGAGUGGUUUUGUAGUCACCCCAGAACGAAUACAAGCAAUCACAGGGUCAGACCUUGAGCUGUUUUUUGCUGUAUUUAGGUAGGGGUAAUAAAGGCAAAAUCCUCUUUCUUUUUA